UCACAAUUGCCCCAUUAAAUAUCAUUAUUCUUAAAAAAAGCGGUCAAAAAGACAGGACUAACCUUGCCGUGCGUUGACGAUGUCGGCAUAUUGGUUAAUAGAGACCCGAAUGAUUCCGCCAGAAACCGUCUGUUUUCGAACUUGUCCUUGUCUCUAUUAAAACUAACCCCAAUUCAAUCGAUAGGGUCACCGUCGCUCUUAUCCGAUUCUCGAUUUAGGAACACAGGAAUUUGAUCGAACCAAGGAUGGAUUUCGUUGAAAAUCUUGAUACCGACAUGUCUCUAGCCAUUCUUUCCUGUCUUGAUGACCCAUCAGAUCUAGUCCGCGCCAGUGCUGUCUCACGCUCCUGGCGAGACUUUGUGAUUAAACACAGUCUCUCGAAGAAGCUGUGCUUGAAGUUGUUCCAUCAGCUAACUAGUGUGGAUCGUAUAAUAGACACAAGCAAUGAUAUGAAGGAAUCGUUUGAAGCCGGGUCAAGCAGGGAUGAUACAAGGGUACUAGAAAGAGAGCACAGGGUUUAUGCCUUAUUGGCUAAAGGAUGCACAUCUUCCCCUAUCAGAAGCUGUAUUGCCGAUGCCAUCAUAGCCUCCAGUACCGAUAAUUUCCCAGCAGAGAGCAUCUUGAACACACUGGACGAAAGAGAUAGAAUUGGUGGCACCCCUUCGUAUUGGUCUAGUACGGGGCACCACAAGACUUCCGUGCCCGAAACACUUCUUUACCAGCUGAAGGGUGAUUUGUGUGUCAUUACUGAACUCAGCGUCCAGCCUUUCCAAGCUUAUUUCCAGCCGGGUACACCGAUAUACUCGUCACAUUAUGUUCGUUUCCGGUUGGGUCACCUCGAUAACAAUGAAGCUGAGACAGCGGGAAAGUUUCCUGUUGAAAACAAAUAUGUAUGGACUUACACUUCACAAGAGUUUCCCAUGGCUCAGGAGAAUCGGUUGCAGAACUUUAAGCUUCCAGAACCGGUUAUUUGCAUUGGUGGGUAUAUGCUAGUCGAGUUUCUUGGUCGGGUUCAGACUCAAGAAAUGGAUGGCUUAUACUACAUAUGCGUGUCGCAUGUGAAAAUGAUGGGAAGAUCACUAGCAAAAUCGUUUCAGGUGGUGGAUCCGGAUGAGUCAGGGAAGUUUGGGUUGAAAGUGUUGAGUUACAGUGAUCCACAAGAAAUGGAUGAGAACGAAGAAGAGGGGCUAAGUCCGUUUAGGCCGAUGAGAAAUCUUGAACAGCUCUUGAAUUUCCUGCACAGGCAUCCUCUUGACGUCGAGUAUGUUUGGCCUGAAUCUGACGAGGAGGAGGAGGAAGCUGAAUCAGACGGUGAGGUUUAGUGUUUGAAUCACACUGUGGGGAUGGGAUGCAUGCUGAAUUGUGUGUCUCUUUUUCUUUCUUUUGAUUUUUAGUUUGUAUUUGCUUCUAUUGUUGAAGAAUCGUAUAGGUGUUUUUCCAUCUUUUGUGAGCGGUUUUUAAAAGCUUCUUUCUUCUCCAGCCUCUUACAAUGUGUUGUGUGGAGAGUUUUCUGAAAUAAUAACGUUACUACUUUUUUAUGUUUCGUUCAAGUUUCACGUCCUUGGCAAUGCAAGCUUGUUUUUAUGA